AUGAGUACGAAUACAGAAAUAAUAAAAAGUAGUGAUUUGCAAAGUUUAAUCGACGAUGAGAGGAGGUUGGUUAAUGAAAUAAAAGAAUUUAACAAAUCAAUCAAACCUUUGGAGUUUGAAUCAUAUCAGGAUUAUUUUCUGAUAAAAACGUUCAAAAAAGGAAUUUCUGCCAGUGGCCAUGUGGACAUUGACAGUUUAAGAAAUAAAGAAUAUGGAAUUUAUUACAAGAAAAUUAAGAGGAACUCUACACAAGACGUUGGUGAGCCUAUCCCGCGGAAUUCGUCAUCUUCCUCCUCUUCUACUAGAUCAAAUUCGUCAAUUGACAUUAGCGAUACAGAAUAUUCAGGUGAGAACACUCCUGCAACUGCUGGUACCAGCAGUCGAAGAAGACGUACCAGAUCUCGAGCUAUUCAGAGAGAAAACAGUUUACCGGCAUCAUUACCCUCAAUUAGUGAGGACAAAGUAGACAAUGACGAUGGUACCAUUUCAGAGCUAAAUGGCAGUGAAUUGCCAUUUCCAAUUCCAAUAUCAGAGGUGGAAAAUAUUGAUAUUGCUUCAGAUAUAACUGAAAGGGAUGGUAUCAGAAGAAGAUCGUCAAGAAUAUCAGAAAGAGACAAAAGACGUUCGCAGUAUAGACUGGGGUCAGAAGAAGAUGAAGAAGGCGGUGGACAUGACAUGGAUGAAGGGGAGACCAAAAUCCAAGACCUAUAUGAAAGCUUGGUGCCCAAAAUUUUAGAGCCACGCAGGAGAUCUGAUUGGAUUUUACCUCCUAAAGCAAGGUAUACACCUGAGAAGCAAAUGAGAACCAAACCGUCAUUUAAGAGCAUAAAGAUUAAUGAACUUGUCGGGAGUAAAAGAAUACGAAGCAUAUUAUCUCGAUUUGAAGGUGGAGUGGCGGGUAUACGUAAAAGAGAUUGGGACUCUACCCAAUAG